ACCUUUGUUUAUUAUUGACUGUGUCUCUUCAUCGAAGAAUAUUAUUUAUUAUUAAUAUGCAGAUUCAAAGUGUAGUUAUCCUGGUGUUUCUAGCAUGUUCUGUCAGGGCUGAUGUGCCGUGUGACGCCUGUAUGGACUUCCUGGUAGAACUAGGAGAUAGUGCUGUAACAGAAAUCAGUCUUCAGAGUCAGUUGGAGAUACUUGUCGGUCAACUCUGCCCUGAUGCGGGGGAUCCAGAAGGAUGUGAGAAAGGGUUUAUUAACUGGUGGUCUCAAAUAGGGCUGGCAAUGUACCCUGUUCUACUGGAGCCAGGACAAGUAUGUCGAGAUCUAGGGGUGUGCACUGGUAUUAAAAUUCAACAAGAGCCAACUUGCGAGGAUUGCCUGGCUGGAGUAAAAGCAGUGGCGGAUCUAAUCUCAACAGAGGUUUACAUCAACAACAUUGUGGACUAUCUUUCGGGACCUGAUUUCUGCGGAGAAACUGAGAAUGUGAAUACUUGUGUCACUGCUAUAGAAGGAACAAUCCCAUACGCUAUACCUGUUCUUGCAGAAUUUCUUGCCGCUGACGCUUCUAAUGUUUGCAAUGCUCUUACUGGGCUUUGCUAGUUUAGUGAGUGUUCAGUUGGAACUGAUUGAGAUAGUUUUAGAGACUGCAGUUUGAUUGUAUUCUUCAAAAAGUUUAGAAUAGAUAUGUCUUUGUUUAUAAUA